AUAACCUCGAAGGCUUCAUCACGGCUAUUUGAGCUUCGUUAAACUUUCCGUCGCCUCGAACUUUAACUCAGAUAUGGCUGCUGUUGUUGCAGCCGCAAGACCUGCCCUGGUGAUCGUACCAGGCAACUUCAGCUUACCUCGAUUCUGGAGCGCCAUCCAGCGGUCAGUUGAAGACAAGGGCUAUCCCGUCGAAGUUGUUCCUCUUCAGUCUUCUCGUGAGGAAAGGAUUGAUCCUGCGCCAGGUUUGGCUGAUGACGUAAAGGAGGCUCAGUCAGUUCUGAACAAGCACAUUAACCAAGGAAAAGAUGUUGUCAUGCUUAUGCAUUCAUAUGGCGGGAUGGUCGGAACUGAAGCGACUCGCGGCUUGAGUCGCAACGAGCGAGAAAAGGCAGGUCUAAAGGGUGGGAUAACACACCUGAUCUUUCUGGCUGCGAUCUUUGCACCUCCUGGCAAAAGUACUCGGGGGCUAUAUGAAGCCAACCCAGGCCGUUAUCCCCGGCGCGAGGGCGACUAUCUUAUAUGCGAUGAAGAAACAGCCAUGUGCUUCUACAGCGAUCUCACAAAGGAGCAAGGCCAACAACUAGCUCAGGACGCUUCCAAGAUUUCUCAGGCCGUCAGGGUCUUCGGCGAUGAGCAGACAUACGAUGGCUUCCACAAACUAAUUCCAUCCAGCUAUAUCCUGACUAAGAAGGAUGUGCUUGUUCCCGAACCAGCUCAGAGGCAGUUCAUUUCACGACUGGAAGAGAACGGAGGCCGACCUGUCCCUGUUUUUGAGCUUGAUACGUCUCACUCGCCUCACCAAACGGAUCCCCAGCUGCUAAUGAGAACUUUGGAUAAGAUUCUAGAGCAGGAGCAUGGAUCAGAGUGA